ACUGGUUAGAAUGCUUCAUCUGAGAACUAUUAUUAUCGUUUUGCUCGGUGCAAACAUUUUUGAAUUGUGCCAAUGCAAAAAUGUUGCAGAAAAUUUGUCGGAAGUCACAAGUGAAAAUCAAUCCGUUAAAUAUGAACUAAUAUUUGCCCAAAUUAUUCAUAGACAUGGGGAACGAAAUGUCCUCAAGGCUUACCCUAAUGAUCCGUAUGCUAAUGAGAGCUAUUGGCCUGGUGGAUUUGGAGAACUCACCAAAGUUGGGAAAAAGCAACUAUUUGAUUUAGGAAAAUAUUUAAGACAAAGAUACCAAAAGCUCAUCGGACCACAUUAUUCAUCCAAGAAGGUUUAUAUUUAUAGUACAAAUAUGGAUAGAGCAUUAAUGAGCGCAGAGUCACUUGCCGCGGGCAUGUUUCCUCCAUCUGGAGAUGCAAUUUGGAACGAUGAAUUAAAUUGGCAACCGAUUCCGAUUCACACAAGAGAUUUAACAAAAGAUUACCUCACCGGCAGUCCUUUCUUUUGCCCUCGAUUUGAGCAACUGUACAACAAAUUUUGUGAUUCGCCAGAAUUCAAAUAUCAAUCGGAAAAACAUGUUGACUUUAUCAAGUACCUAGAGGCUCACGCCGGAAAUAUAAGUAUGCCGUUAUUGUUUCAAAUACUUGAAAUGGAGAAAGAAAAGGGGCUUGAACUACCAAUUUGGACCCGUUAUAUCUCUCAUUUUACAAAUGAUACAAUGCAGCAAAUACUCGAUAUUCACUUUCAAGCUCUCACCAAAACAAAGGAAAUGCAGAAGUUUGGGGCAGGUUUUUUGCUUAAGGAAAUAUUGGAUCGAUUUAAAAAUAAAUCACUAUCACUACUUCAACCAGAUCGUUCAGUUUGGAUUUUUUCAGGACAUGAUUUUUCGAUUUUAAACAUGCUACGUACACUCAAUCUAAACGAAUUACAAGUACCAGUAUAUGCGUCUAGUCUUUAUUUUGAAUUAUACAAAGGAAAUGGCAGCCACUUUGUUCAAGUGUUCUAUCGUAGGACGCCAACGGAAAAUGUUCCGCCGCCAUUAGAGAUUCCCAAUUGCGGUACAAUUUGUCCAUUGGAUAAGUUCUAUGAACUGUACGCGGAUAUUUUACCCAAGGAAUAUGAAGACUUUGAAACUCUUUGCAAUAGUGCUAUUGCCAUGAUCAUAAAUCAUGCACAAUGUGUAUUUGCAUUGUUUCUUACAACAAUGUUCUAUUAUUAUCAAUCUGUAUGAACAUGGUUAUGCAAUAAACAAAUGGUUUUUUUUUUCAUUUGAUGGAGAAAUUAUCAGAGUAUUGCUCAGCGCUGCUGCCAUC